AAAACAAUUAAUGGUUGUCUUACUUAUCUGUUUUGGCUUCCUAUCUAUUCUCACGAUAUCUUGUUCGAUGAAAUAUUUUUAUUCUCGUAUGUAUGCGCGACGUUCAAAAAGUCAUAUUUCACUCUCCUUGAUGAGAUCAGUUUUUUUUGAUUUGGCAACCCCAGGCGGCAUUAGCACUGGCUGAACGCUUCGAAAAAGCUGUCGAUGAUACGAAAAAUGAUUCGCACUGCUAUUCAUGUGCGCUUGUUCUCCCUGAAAUCUCCGCGAGCGAAACCCAUUCGAGCCUGCUUAUCCCUGCCAACCUGUGCUGUGAUGAAUACCAAGGACACCAGCCAUUUUCGCAGUUAGGGAUGCCCAUCAAUCAAGAUUGCCGCGUUUAAUUCAUCAAGUGUUGUCCCUAGGCACAACAACACUCAUUGUGCCACCAAAGGUGGGGUUGUGUCGAUCAUCUGGCUUUGGUGGGGGUACCAUUGACCAUCCGUUACCAAGACUGACCCAUUCACUGACACGCUCGGAUUGAAAUUGUUCACGGGAGUUGCCCAAUCCAUCCGUGUUGAACGAAGUUACGUUCUUCAGGAGGUCUCUCUAUUCAGAGAAGCCGUCACCAUGGCUCCUUCAAUAGUUCUGGAUUACAACUCCUCCAUCCUCAUCAUAGGUGGCGGAACUUGGGGUUGCUCUACAGCCCUACCAUCUCGCACGACGAGGCUACAAGAGUAUAUCAGUCCUCGAUUUAUAUGGGUUCCCGUCACCAAUUGCAGCUGGCAACGAUAUUAAGAAAAUUAUCGAAGAAGGCAAGCAAUCAUUCCUCACUCUUGCUCAUGGGGUCCAGUCUUAUCCCUGAAAAUUUAACAGGUUCAUCAGCAGGCGAAAACGAUGAUUCCCUUGCAGACACUCUUCGACGUCUAGCGACAGGCAGAUGGCUGCACGAUCCAGUCUUCUCGCCCUACUACCAUAACACCGGUUACGCCAUCUGUGCUCAUACACCUGAGGGAUUGGAACAGUUGACCAAACAUGAAAAGAUCCAUGAUAAUCCUGAGUUUGAAUGGAUAGAUACGCCUGAGAAGUUUCGCGCUAUCAUGCCAAAGGGCGUCCUCACCGGAGACUUUCCAGGAUGGAAAGGAGGCUUCAAAAAGACAGGCGCAGGAUGGGUCUUCGCCCGUGGGGCAUUAAUGAGUACAUUUCAUGAAGCACAACGCCUGGGCGUCCAGUUCAUCACUGGCCCUCAGGGCGACGUCAAGACAUUACUCGUAGAAAAUGGAGACGUCGUAGGUGCUGAAACUGCAGACGGUACUCAUCACCGAGCUGCCACUACCAUCCUCACUACAGGCGCUACAGCACCUGGUCUCCUCGAUGUGAAAGAUCAACUACAUCCCACCGCUUGGACACUCGCUCAUACCAAGAUGAGCAAAGAGGAAUGUGCGCUUUACAAAGUCCUCCCCGUACUCUUUAAUGUCGAGAGCGGCUUCUUCAUGGAACCGGAUGCCGAGAAAGGCGAAUUGAAAAUUUGCGAUGAGCAUCCCGGCUACUGCAACUGGAGUACUAAUACCUCUGGCGAGAGAGUAAAUAUCCCAUUCGCUAAACACCAAAUAGCCAAGGAAGCUGAAGCUCGGGUGCGCGGAUUCCUCCGUCAUACUAUGCCGCAACUUGCUGAGCGUCCUUUCUCGUUCGCGAGGAUAUGUUGGUGUGCUGAUACGCCUGAUCGGAAUUUCUUGGUUGAUCGACAUCCGGAGUCUAGGAGUUUGAUUUUGGGGGUUGGCGGGAGUGGACAUGGGUUCAUGCAUAUUACGAGUGCUGGGGGCUUCAUUGCUGAUGCGAUGGAAGAUUGUUUGGACGAGAAGUUGAAGGACGCUUUUAGAUGGAGGCCAGAGACAGCGGUAAAUAGGGAUUGGAGCGAUGUACAGGAUAGAAUGGGAGGACUGAAUAAGGUUAUGGAUUUUGGGGAUGUGAAGGAGUUACAGGGACGGAUAUCCAACCGGAUCGGCGGUACACGGUUUAAGAUGAUCGAUCCAAGCACGCUCAGAGUCAUAGAAUAGCAAGCCCCUAACAGCCUCGCUUAACAGUCACCUCUAGUACAAAAACAUCACCAUCAAUAAAACAUGCACUCAGCCUACACCAAUAAAGCAAGAAUAUCCACGUCCUUCAAAAUUCAGAUUAAUUGUUUACCAAUGUCCAGACUCUAAGUUAGGCUAGCUGGAACAACGAGAACAGAUUUUAAGAUGGCGAUCAAAACAGCACAGUUGGGUUUUUCUGUUUUUCCUACAAGACUAGGUAGCUACUGACAUUGAGCAAUUGGCCAAACACCAGGUCGCAAGAGUGUCUCUGAGCAAUCUGAAAGCGCUAUGAAUAAGGUCACGUGAAGCAGAUUUUUCCGAGCAAAUCCACACCUGCACGGGUCAGCAUCGCGAGAGAACCUUCUUUAUUUUCCUUUUUAUCCGUCAGUCGAUUCAGGAAUUAUCCCCUCAAUGUGGUUCAACACAUGCCAAAAUGCAGAAUGAAUCGGAUGCAUUUAUGAUAGAGACUGAAUUGUUCCCAAUCACUCUGCCGUCCCGAGUCCCUGCAUGGUAAGCAAGGAAAUAAUGGGAUAGUGGCGAUCUCAAAAAUCAGCAAUACAAAGGGGUCCAGGUCGUUCGUAUUUCCCCCUGCUCACACGUUCCCCUUUCUCCAACGUGUUUGAUAAAAAUUCACUUCCGUUCAGUGUUCUAUUUUCUAUUUCUCUUCUCCUUAGCUCAAACGUUCAAUAAACACUCACCUGCAGAGACUUUGUUUGCCACCAAAGCUUCGACCGCGUCGCAAUGUUUUCCUCUUCCACCAGCAACAUCCUCGCAACCCUCUCCCUCGCCAGCAUCACCCUCGCGCAAACCAGCACCGGCAAUCUCUACAUCCCCGGUGCAGACACGCAGUCUCUCAUCGGGCAGGUCAUUGGUACCGUAUGUACAUUUUCCCUCCCCUUCCGUGCGCGAGACACAGCUCUGACAGUUGACCCAGGCGUCCUCUCUCACUACCUACGCUCUGCAAUGCGUCACCCCAGGUGAAGAGUGCGGAUUCCCCGGACAGUUCACAGUCACGGAGAAUGCAGCGACGGCGAGGUAUACCAUACCAGCGGAGAAUGGCGACGAUGGUGUAUUGGCCUU